AUGUAUAUCGGACUGUUGUCACAUGAAAUCGACAAUAAUUUUAACUUGAAAAAUGAUUCAAAAUUCGGGGGUGAUCCCCUGUGGUUAUGUGGAAAAGAACCAACAGGUUUAAAUUUGAAAUGUUCCAUAUGUAAAAAUAGUUUAACAUUUUUAUUUCAAAUAUCAACAUCAUAUGACGAAUACGUAAGAGUACUGUAUUUUUUUUGCUGCAUGAAUAGUACGAAAUGUAACGUGAAUAAGAAUAGUUGGGUAUGUAUUAAAGGGAAGAAAAAGGUAUGUGACAACUCAAAUAAUGAUAUUGAAGAAAAAGAGCAAAAAAAUAAAUUGAAGAUGUUGGACAUGUAUCAAAAUGAGAGUGUAAAGAAAGAUGGUGUUCAUAACUCAAUAUUUUUUAACGACACUGAUAGUAAUAAUUGUAGUACUAAGGAAAAAGGAAAACAAUGUGUUUUUAAUUUCACUAAUGAAAAUAUAAAAAAGGAAGACGUAAAUAUAGAAUAUAUUAAUUCUAAGGAAGAAAAACUAAUUGAUUGGAAUUCCUUAUUUUCAAAAAGUAGCAAAGAUCAAAAAUUAAAUGAUUCUUUCCUUGGUAAUUCCAUAAGGGAGAGCUUAAAUUGUAUAAAUGAAAAAUACAAAAAUGGUUAUAGUAGUAUGACCAGCAGUAAUAUAAUAAAUACCUAUGAAAAUUUUAAUAAUAAAUAUGACAAGUUAAUAAAUUGCAGUUGUAAAAUGGAUGAUAAUGUACAUGAAUUAAAUAAACAUGAUGAUAAAUUGAAUCCUAAAAUUUAUGAAGUUACCGGAAGCAGUGCAUUUAAACUCCCCUGUUAUUAUAUAUGCAUAGUGGAGGAUGAUGAAGAAUAUGGAAAGGAUUAUUUAUAUGAAAAAGCUAAAAAGAUGCAUGAAACGUAUGAACAUAAUAAACACUUUAUGAAAGAUGAGGAAUACAUAGACAAGGAAAAUGAUAAUAUAGAUGAUAUUAAUAAUAUAGAAGAAAGUUUUGAAAAUGAUUUUAAUGGAUGCGUAAAAUUUUAUUCUUAUUUAAGCAAAAAUUAUAACCAAAUAUUAAGAUAUUCAUACAAUGGGAAAUUUCUUUACAUGUAUAAGUCCACAAAGUUUCAUAUAAAGAAGAAAACAAUGACAUGUACACACUGCAAAAAUAAAUUGGUAUUUGAACUGCAACUGUUCUCAACCUUUAUAUAUGAGAUAGAAAAAAGACUUGAUGAGAAAAAGAAAAAUUCUUUAAAAAAUAUCUUAAAUAAUUUUAACGUAGGAAAUGUAAUUAUAUUCACUUGUGAAAAAGACUGCGUCAUUAUUGAUAAUAUGUAUUUGUAUGAGCAUGUUGAGUUGGAAAUUUUCUAG